AUGCCUCCGCUUUUGGAGACGAGCGUUCAAGUCAUGCACUGCAGUUACUUUCUCGGAGCGCCUUCGCAGUUUCCCUGUCUAGCGCUGUCGGGCUCGCGCUUGGAAUCCUUGGCAGCGGGCAGCGCGGUCAACUGGACAGAGCUCAACCAGAUGAAACAGCAGAGCGAUGACGAAAAGGCCAAAGCAAAACUCUUCCAAGAUGGAGUACAGGAGAAGCUCCGAAAAGCCGACACACUAAACGACACUCUUCAGAGUGCGUGGAAACAGCUCAAUGCAGCUCGCAUGGCUCUGACAGAGACGCAAAUGGCCGCGGCUCAGAGUAAGAAGGAGAAUAAACAGCUGCGACAAGACAUCUCAAUGGAGAAGGAGCGAAUCAGUUCCCUCCGAGAAGAAAUGCGCAUACUGGUGGAACAACGGAAGUCGGAAACGGAGCUGUGUCUCAGUCUGAAGGAGCAACUGCGAAACUUCCGCCAGCUCCAACAGGCCGCUGGAGCGAUUGACUCAGACAACGCGAGAAUGCGGGACGAGCUGUCUCGUGCGCAGGAAGAGAUUUGCAGCUUGCGGAUGGUCGCGCGGGAAUUCGAUUCGUGUAAGGCCGAGCUCGAGAAUCUCAAACAAAUCAACACCGAGUUAGUCUUCCGGAUCAACUCGCAGCAAACUAAAAUGGAAGAACUCCAAGGAAAACAACGAGAGGAGAAAGCAGAAUCAGCACGUCUGGGUAUUGAGCUCAAAAAUGAGAAGCAGAAAGGAGAGGAGAUGAUGGCUGCCAAUGAACUCGCUCGACUGCGGUGCGAGGUGGCGAAGGAGAAGAAAACAGUUGAACAAUUGCAAGAAAGGGAAAUAGACCUGCUGCAGCAAGUGUCCGCGACGACCCAGCAGGUUGAGGAAGAGCGGGCUGCGCAGAAACGGCAUAGGGAGGAACUUCAUCAUCUUGCAAAGAGAUCAGAAGAACAGAAUUCCCGUCUCCAGCAGCAGAUGGAUAAGGAAGAGCUUCUGCGCCGCCGACAUCAAAAGGACAUGCACUGCCUAUCUCACAGGCUGGCAGAGCUCGAACUCAAGCUUGCGCAGCUCGGUGCGGACUGCCAGCAGCUCGGAAGUAGUCUCCGUUCUUGCCAGGAGGAGCUGCGACUAAAAGAACAAACGAAUCGAGACAUGACCACAACAGAGAACACGCUGCGGAGCAGGCUCCUGCAGACUCAGGAGGAACUGUCUGCUUCUCAAGAGCAAAUAAAAGUCCUCGAGCGAGACAAGGCUGUUUUGCUGAAGUAUGAAGGCGAGUGCGAGCGACAGGCUGAACUCAUCCUGAAACUGCGAUCGCAUCAGAGCCAAAGCGAGGAGGAAAUCAGUUUUCUGAAGGAAGAGAUUCAACAACAACAACUUCAGCACCAAGAUGAAGUGGGCGCACUCCGCAACAGGCUAUCUGAGCAUGUGACCCGAGAAAAAGACCUCGCAGACGAAGCCGACCGCCACCACAGAAAACUCGACGCUUUGCAGUUUCAACUGGACGAGGUGGGAAACAUGCUUCCGACAUCAGCUUCUGUGGAUUUCGAAAAGUGGCUAUUCUUCUGA